UGUAGCGUGCAGUAGCUUUCAGCGUGUGUGAGUGUUUACUUUAUUUAGACGGAACGUGGUAAGUAAGUUUUGUUUCUUGUUUUUUAAAGCGACAUGUUGUGUGUCGGCGGGCUGUCGGUGGCUCUGGCUCUUGCUUUGGUGCCUGCUGAAGCGCUCAAAGAAGGAGAAUGUGAAGUAUGUGUAACCUUUCUUGGGAAGUUUUACGAGUCGCUUAAAGCAAAUAACGUGAACUUCAACAAUGCAGACAUCGAGACAGCCAUCCUAAAGGCCUGCAAGGAUGCCAAAGGCAAAGAAAACCGCUUUUGUUACUACAUCGGGGCAACAAGUGACGCGGCCACCAAGAUAAUCAACGAGGUGUCAAAGCCUCUCAGCUUCCACGUCCCGGUGGAGAGGAUCUGUGAGAAACUCAAGAAAAGGGACAGUCAGAUCUGCGAGUUAAAAUAUGACAAACAGUUGGAUCUGAGCACAGUCGACCUGAAAAAGCUGAAGGUGAAGGACCUGAAGAAGAUCCUGGAGGAGUGGGGCGAGUCCCUGUAAGGCUGCGCCGAGAAGACAGACUUCAUCCG